CAGCUGCGUACGCUGUCGCAGCAGUACCGCGACACCUGCCUCGACCUCGAGCGCGAGCGUGUUGCCGGCCGCCACGCCCAGGAGCGGGCCGAGCGGUCGGAGCAGAGUCUCGAGGCGCUGCGCGAGUCGGUGUCGCGUAGUGCCUUUGUGCUCGUGCUGAUUGACGCGGAUGCAGACGCGUAUUUAUUCGACGACAAGUAUUACCGCUACGACGACCCGGCUGAGGGCGGCUCGCGCGCGGCGGUGGACCUCUGCGCGGCAGUGCGACAGUACCUCCAGGCGACCGACGCGCGCCUGGCCGGGCUUCCCGUGGUGGCCAAGGCGUUUGCCUCGGGCGAGGGCCUCGCCGACCUGUUCGUCAAGGCCGGCGUUGCCAGAGAGUCCGAAGCCCAGUCCGUUGUAUCGCGCUUCACGAGUGGCUUCUCCCAGGGGGACGACAUGUUCGACUUUGUGCUGGUCGGGAAGGGCAAGGACAGGGCUGACCACAAGCUGAUGGGUGAGGCGGCAUUCUUUCCUCCAUUGCCGGGAUCAAACUGA